UAAGAUAUGUCCUUAAAAUGCCGAUAAAGCUGUAAAAUAUCUGCAAAACUUCGCUCAAAAUUUUGCCAUGGGUUCUGGCAGUAGCAAAGUCAAAAAACUGAAGCCGGAUGUUACGCAAACAACUAAUGACGUCACUUCUUCUCAUCCUAACCGUCGUUCUGACGACGCGAAUAAUAAUUCGUCAUCAGAAUUAAAGAAAAAGAACAAAAAUGAGUCGAAUUUGCCUGGAAUGGUAUUUGAUAAACCCCCUGCCCUACUAACAAGUCAAGCUUUGAUACUUGGGAGACAGAGAUUGAAGACCACUACGUCACAAUACGCAUUGGGGACGAAACAAAGCAAUAACAAUUGUAAUAAGAAAAACAAUGAAAAUCAGGAUUGUGACGACAUAGAGCAACUUAUACUAGAAGAAUUAAAAUUGUGUGAGAAUGAGAAUUCUAACCGGAUGUUAAGUGACGUCAGCAACCAGACUCAGCGUGACGUCACAGGUGAAAAACCGAUCCCGAAAAAAAGAAAAAAGAGGUUUGUCCGCGAAGUUUUUCGAUCCGAAAGUUCUGACGUCAUUUCCUCCACAGGCGACGAAACAAAACACUUCAAUGACGUCACAAUACCUCAAUCUAGAGGAAUCCGGACCAGUGUUUCCGAAUACAAAAUCGAACUUAAGAAACCGCUCCCAGCUCCACGGUUUUCGAAAAGAAGAAUCAAAAAAAUGACUUCUGCUAAACAUAGAAAUCAUGUUCCGCUAAAAUCAGAUCUCUAUGUUCAGUUACCGACCUACACUGACCUUGAGCGCCAACUAAUGGAAGAAAUUGAACGCGAGUUUUGCGGAUGAGUUGUUUAGUCAUAAUAUCAAUUAAGUGUGACGUCAUAAUAGUUACUGUGAGGUAGACUAUAAUGAAUCGAAAUACCGCGCGAGUUUCUUAUUGUGACGCACCUUUGUGUUGAUAAUAAAACAAUAUAAGAAUAUGUCA